UAUGCUGCUUAUAGUAGCCGAUAUAAUAAUAUGCUCGCCGGCGAAGAGCCGAAUAUCUUCUUACUUAAGUUCUUAGAUAGCAGCCUCGUAGACAUUAGGAUAUACCCGGUAGCAUUUGCCGUUACGCUAUUUAGAAGACCGAAAUCUUAG